AUGAUGAUAAGUCGGCAUAACUCAUAACCCCUCUAUAUAUAUACGUCAUUAUCCCUAAUCCCCCAUAUCCCCAUAUCCUUCAAUAAUCUUAUCAUCUCUCUCUACAAUAUUAAUACUCAGGUGUGUGCAAUGGCAAUUCAUUCAUCAAUUAAGGGACUUGUAGGGCUUUUUGUUGUUGUUAUUGUGGUGAGUUCAUCAUCAUUUGAAGCAUCAGCAACUACAUUCAACGUUGGUGGCAAGAGUGGCUGGGUUGUUAACCCUCAAGAAGACUAUAAUCACUGGUCUCAGAGAUAUACCUUCCGAGUCAACGAUUUUCUUUAUUUCAAGUUCGAGAGAGGAAAAGAUUCGGUGCUGAUAGUGAGUAAAGAAGACUACGAUUCAUGCAACACAGAAAAGCCCUUGCACAGAUUCAGAGGAGGAAGAUCUGGAUCUACGAUCCCCUUGAAUAGGUCUGGUCUAUUUUACUUCGUCAGCGGUAACCAACAAAACUGCAAGCAAGGCCAGAAGUUCGUCGUUCAAGUCUCCGCCUCCGUUCUUCCGCCGACGCAGCCGCCGUCAUCAACACCAUCGAAGUCGCCUCAACCUUCCCCAUGGAUAGCGUCUCCUGUCCAUUCUCCGGGAUUGGUUCCGGCUCCAGCUCCUGCUCCGGCCGGAAACGCCGCUUCGUCUAGGUCUUUUGGUGUGGCUUUGGGAAUAUUUAGCUUUGUGGUGGCACUAUUGAUCUAAGUUUUUUCCCCUUAAUUAGUUUAAAGGGCAUUAUUAGUGGGAUAAUUUAAUUUGAAUAGACGUUUUAAAUUCUGUUAUUUUUUUCUUGGUUGUUGUUACCAUGAUUUAGUGCAGGGUUAUGCCCUUAAACUAUGG